AUGGAAACGGUUUGGAGCUUGUGCUUUCCCAACUUCUGUUUGCUCUUGCUCCCGGUGUUGGUGUUGGUGCUCGCGAAUGGAGUCCACUCCCAUGCACAAGUGAAGGUCUUCGACGUGAGGAGCUUCAGCGCCGCCGCCGACGGGAAGACCGACGAUAGCAAGGCAUUUCUCGAUGCGUGGAACCAAGCGUGUCAAUACAAAGGAGAAGUUCAGAGGAGAUUGUUCGUCCCGCUAGGGACGUACAUGGUUUGGCCGGUGGUGUUCAAGGGGCCAUGCACCGGCCCCAUCGAGUUCACGGUCAAAGGGGUGGUCAAAGCGCCCGUUGACAAGUCAACGUUUUCUUUGGACCAUUGGAUCACCUUCCAGUACGUCAGCGGGUUGUUGAUCAACGGCGGCGGUACGUUCGACGGCCAGGGGCAGUAUGCUUGGCCUGAAAACAAAUGCGCUUGCAAGUCUCUUCCAGUUUCAUUGAGAUUCAAUUUCGUUAACAACACAGCGAUCCGCUCGAUUAGUUCCGUCAACAGCAAGAACUUCCACUUUAACGUCUUCAAGUGCGACAAUCUCGAGUUUCGGCGCAUCCGGAUAAUCGCCCCCGACGAGAGCCCCAACACGGAUGGGAUCCACAUGGGUGACUCGUCCCGCAUCAGGAUCGCCGACUCCGUGAUCGCAACUGGGGAUGACUGCGUCUCAAUUGGGCCAGGGUCCAAAGACGUCGAGAUCAUUGGCGUCCACUGCGGGCCGGGUCACGGGCUCAGCGUGGGUAGUCUCGGGAAGUACCCGAACGAGGCGGACGUGACUGGGCUGUCCGUGAGGGGUUGUACUAUGGUUGGCACUCAGAAUGGUUUGAGGAUCAAGACUUGGGCUUCUGCGCUCAAAAGCAAUGUCUACAAUAUCUCGUUCUCUGACAUUACCAUGAAGGAUGUGCAAAGUCCCAUUAUUAUUGACCAAGACUACUGUCCCGGUGGUGGUUGUUCUAAGCAGAUCCGGGGCACUUCUGGUUCGCUUUUGGCAGUCAACCUCGAAUGCAGCCCGACCUUCCCUUGCCAGAACAUCAAUCUUGAAGACAUCGACUUGGCUUACACCGGCCGAGAAGGGCCUGCAAAAUCGCACUGUGCUCAUGGAUGUGUUGGAAAAGCAAGCUUGGAGAAUGAAAGAGAGUUUCUCUACGCUGUGUUCGAGUUUUCUGGCAUGCAAGGAAGGGGCACCGAUCAUCGUGGGGACGGCAAAGCCUACUAA